GACCUACCACAAUUAUCCCACUCUUGGUUCCGGACCAAAAUUCAUAUGAAGGUCUUAUUGUGAAAUUGGUCUUGAAAUUAAAAUUUUCAAUGUGUUAUUUCUUCAGUAAUGAAUUAGAUUUCAACAAAACAAGCAUCAGAAAAAAGUUACUAGUAAAUAAAAAUGAAGCCCCACAUAUAUUUUUUAAUGACACUUUUCCUCUUCGCCAAAAGCGACGAUUCUGAAAACCUACAGUACAUCUACAACGAACUCAGCGCCACCUACGGCCAAUACAACAACAAAACCUUCUUCCUCACCCCCGAACAGUGGGCAGAAUGGACCCUCCCCCAAGACCCCGGCAAACGGGAAACCCCUAAAUCCGGUUACGAUUUCAUCAUAGUCGGCGCUGGUUCAUCCGGUGCUGUCAUUGCCAACCGUCUCUCCGAAAACCCCAACUGGGAAGUCCUUCUCCUCGAAGCCGGUAAAGGCGAAAACUUCUUCAGUCGAAUACCCCUUGUUUGCCCCACUCUAUCCUUCACACAUUACAACUGGGGCCAUAUCGCCCAACACCAACCCAACGUGUCAUUCGGCUUCGUAAACAACCGAAUGAAAUGGCCAAGAGGCCGGGCUUUGGGCGGGACCUCUGUUAUCAAUUUUAUGAUUUACACACGAGGAAAUAGACACGAUUAUGAUAGAUGGGCGGAGCAAGGCAACCCAGGGUGGUCCUACAAAGAAGUUCUCCCAUAUUUCAUCAAAUCGGAGAGAUCCACGUUGAAUAAUCCCCACCCCGGCGUUCACGGGACGAAUGGCUAUUUAGGCGUGUCUGAUAUUUACCAAUCAAGUCUCUUGAAGGCGUUUAUCGAAGGCGGGACCGAACUCGGCCUGCCUUAUUUCGAUUAUAACGCCAAUGAAGUCUCGUUUGGAGUGUCACCAAUACAGGCGACAGUGCAACGUGGCCGGAGACAUACCACAGCUCGAGCCUUUCUCCAUCCAAUCAGAAACCGGAAAAACUUACACAUACUUACUAGUGCUUACGUCACUAAAAUUUUAAUCGACUCAAACACUCGUGAAGCCCUUGGGGUUGAGUUCUCCCGAUUUGGGAGAAAAUAUCGAGUGAUGGCCGCCAAAGAGGUUGUAUUAUCGGCAGGGACAUUUCAUUCACCACAAUUAUUAAUGUUGGCAGGCAUUGGUCCACGUGACCAUUUGGCCGAAUUGGGGAUUCCCCUCCUCCAAGAUUUACCAGUGGGGCAAAACAUCCACGACCAUUUGACAUACCCAGGGUUAAGUUUUAUAAUCAACAAACCGCUCUCCCUGUCUGUCCGCCAUUUAAUUAACCCCAAAAACAUAAUCGAUUUUCUCUUCAAUGGUACUGGUCCUUAUACUAGUCUGGGCGGAGUCAGUGGGAUUGGCUACAUAAAAACGCACGAAUCGCACGAAGUGGAGGACAUCCCAGAUAUCGAAUUAUUAUUCCUUGACGGAUCUCUCAGUACCGACUAUGGUUUAUGGAACCGCCGAUGGAUCAACAUGCGUGACGACAUAUACUACCCCGUCUUCGGCCCCACCCACAACAUCCCCACUUGGACCAUCUUCCCAAUGUUGCUCCACCCCAAAUCCACCGGCUUCCUCAAACUCCAAUCGCGCAAUCCCUACGACUACCCCCUCCUUUAUGGUAACUACUACACAGACCCCGCCCAACAAGACAUCAAAACAAUGCUUGCUGGGAUCCGUUACAUCCAAAAACUCGCCAAAACUCAAGCAUUCCAAGAAAUUGGAACGCGGAUAAACCCGAAUCCAAUUCCAGUUUGCGCACACUUGAUUUUCGACAGCGAUGAAUACUGGAUAUGUGCCAUAAGGGCCAUAAGUGUGACAUUACAUCAUCAAGUAGGCACGGCCAAAAUGGGGCCGAAGGAUGACCCAACGGCGGUGGUCGACCACAAAUUGAAGGUGCAUGGGGUCAAAGGGCUAAGGGUAGCCGAUUGUAGUAUCAUUCCCUUUGCCCUUGGGGCGCACACAAAUGCGCCAGCAAUUAUGGUGGGAGAAAAAGCGGCCGAUUUGAUCAAAUCGGAGUGGGGGAAAGUGAUGCGGUGAGGUUGGCAGCAGUGGAGAUUUUGACAGAUGAGUCAAAUGAAGCGUUAAAGAUAGUCGUUAAAGAUAAAAAAUGAAGUGUUAAAGAUAAAUGGACGUUGACCAAAGUAAAAUUAUACAAGUUGAAAAUUACUUCAAUUAAAUAUUUAUAGUGAUAAA